UUUCAUUGUUUUCCAUUUUCACCGGACAAAGAAAAGAAACGAAUGUUGUAAGAACAUGAUUAGAUCACAGUAACCAUUUUUCUUUUUCUCCGAAGUGAAUCCAGCGUCCACUCUUUUCUCCUUUAUCUGCUGUGGAAAGUGUAAUUCAGAGUGGCGGGCAAAAUAACAACACUGCCACGGUUUUUGUUUUCACCAAAUCUCUUUGCCAGCAAUGCAAGCAAGCAACGUGCUUUGAGAUUGACGCAACACCUUCACCAUCAUCGUCAUCAUUCUCCUCGGUUAUGUAGCGUCCUUCGCGCGCAAAAGUUUCUCGUAAUUGUGCAAUCAGAUCUGACUCGCUUUCUGACUGCAACAGAGAAUCAUACAUAUCGAUCCUAUAAUACAAUAGCACAAAUUCAAUGAAGGGUAUAAUUUCACCUGUGCAAAAUGCUAUGCCAUCUCCAACUUUUCUUUGGAGGUUCAAGGUGACACUCUUUCUUAUAUGGGGCCUUACUUGCUGCAAGAUUAGUUGGGAUUCUGUCAUGAGAAUGGAUGCAAAUUUGAGAGAUCUAUUCUUAUAUGAAGCAUUUUUAUAUUACAAUCCUCUCCUUCUUGUGACUAUGAUGGUUUGGCUUUGGGGAGUAAAUUUGUGGGUAUUUCUACAAUCCACUGUAAGCUAUACCAAGGUCUUUGAUCUUGAUCAAAACCACCUUACUCACAAAGAGACGUGGAAGUGUAGCACUUGGAUGACAAUCAUUGUUCCUACUAGCAUGACUGCUUACCUUUAUCUCUAUUCUCAUGGGGAAGUAUCGCUGGCUGCAUCUCAACCAGUGCUUCUCUACAUUCUUGUUGCAGUAAUCUUGAUCUUUCCCUUUGAUAUUUUCUAUUUGUCCUCUCGAUACUUCUUUUUGAGGACAUUAUUUCGAAUAGCUCUCCCUUUGCAGCCAAUUACGUUUCCAGACUUUUUCGUGGCCGAUAUUUUGACCUCCAUGGCAAAGGUGUUUUCAGAUUUGGAACGUUCAGUUUGCAGAAUGGUAAACAGACAGGUCGCCACAAUUGCUUGGCUUGAAGCUGAUUCAGUUUGUGGUAGCCAUUCAGUUGCGAUACCAAUGUGCCUUGUUCUUCCUUAUUUAUGGCGUUUAUUGCAAUGUCUGCGCCAGUACAGAGAUACCAAAGAAAAAAAUUGUCUCUUCAAUGCUUUGAAAUAUUCAACAUCAGUCCCAGUCAUUUUUCUUUCAGCCCUUAAAUACCAUGUUCUCCAUGAGAAAUGGGAAACUCUUUAUCGGCCACUCUGGCUUCUCUCUAGUGUCAUUAAUUCCCUUUAUUCGUUUUACUGGGAUAUAACCAGAGAUUGGGAUUUAAGUGGAUUUUCUCGCAUAUUCAAGUUCAACAAAUCAAGUGUAGUCUCCAACAUGUUCUAUGGUCGACAAUGGAUAUACUUCUGGGUGAUUGGAAGCAACUUCGUUCUGCGCUGCUCAUGGACAUACAAAUUAUCUGCUCAUCUCCGCCAUAACUACCUGACAGUGUUUGCUAUCACUCUUCUGGAGAUGUUACGUCGCUUCCAGUGGAUAUUUUUUAGAGUUGAAAACGAAUGGAACAAGAUCACACGAUCUGGUGUUCAACUCACUGAAAUUCCGAGGGAGGAGGAGAAAUUGCUAGGUUCCAACAUUCAUGAUGUAUAGAAAAUCUCAGUCAACCAAUUUUUGCCAAUAUCUUCAUAUCAGCAACAGGUCUAAUUCAAUUUUUAAGCUAAUAUUAGUUCUAAUCCCAAAAGCAUUUUUCUUCAUGUGUUCCUGGUCCACCAACAUGAGGGAGCUUUCAACAUGCAUAUGCAUGGUUGUCUGAGAAUAGUUAAUUCCAUUGCUGAAGCAGCCCCGGUCGUUCCUUCUGUAAGUUGUAUCAGUAGCUUUCUUCUGAAAUGGGAAUAGAUUCUGUCACUCACUCAGCAGUUCAAUGUAUAUGAAGGAGCAAGGCUACAGUUGCAUGCAUAAUUGAAGAGAUUCUUAAAUGAAUAUAUUCACUUAUACAUGAAGAGCUGCAAGAAGUUGUACUUAAGAACAAUGGUGGCCACAAUGGAUGUUGCAUUCAUUUUCCCUUUCUUUUUUGUCGUGGUUCUUUAAAUAGAUCAGCAUUUGUAACGAGAAUGGACACAAAAGAUAUGUUUAUUUGCUACACUCAAUCAAAUCAGGAUACACUUCUAAUACAAAGACUUAACACAGUUUUCAUUUUU